CAAAAAAAUCCUAAAAUAACAUCCUCAUACACUAGAAGUCAAAAAACAGAUUAGGAAAGUAAAUAUUUGAAGGGCAAAAGCCCUAUUUCCAUUUGUUGUCCACUGAAGCUCCAAGCUUCAACUAUGGCUGCUCGUCCAUCUUCUUCUUCGUUCUGCUCUCAUUUCUUCCUCUAAUGAUGAAAAUUCGUUCUGAAGAGAAGAGUAUUGAUUCCUGCCGUGUAUCUCAUCCUUUUUUUGCUUCAUUUGGCUCCGUGUAAGCUGCUUUCCUUUUCCCUUUUUUCCCAAUUUGUUAUGUAUUUGUUGUGAUUGAAGUCUCUUACUUCCUGGAUCUUGCAUAUUUGUACAUGUAUGCCGUGGUUCCUGAGUUUCUGCUCCAGUUCUCCCUUCCAUGAUGAAGCUUUGUUGCUGCUGUUGGAGAUAUUUCCGGAGGUUGGAAAAUAUCUUCUCCAUCCUGCCAUGUGUCCCAUUUAAUGACAUUCCCCCCCUCCCCCCCCCCCCUCCCCCCCCCCCCUCCAAUGAUUCUUGGCUGAUAUGUGUGCUCCCUCCUUCUCUGUUGUUGCUACUUGAAAUACAGAUGCCAUGGAAAAAACAGCUUCUAGGAGGGAGCUCUGGAAAGCUGAUCCAAGCAACUGCAAUUGAUGUUUCCUCAUCAGGCUUGAACCAUGGAUCCCAAAUUAAAGGUCUCAUCUGGCAUUACCAGUCACGUACUUUAAGAUAAUAGGCUGGAGUGGACAUCAUCUUCACAUAAUCUUCCAGAAGAGACAAUCUAAUUAAGAUAUAUCUCUCAUCAAUCAAACUUAUUGUAGCUCUACCCUUUAUUCCGCAUUGAAUCGGGAUAAUGUCUCUUAAUUGUUUCAUGUCAAUUAUGUCAUAUGAAAACUUCCCUAGGACUGCAUAUUGUAGAUCUUCCUUUAUAAUCAUCUGUUGUACUUCUUUAGAGUUCCAUGCUAUGUAGGGUUCUCCAUCUAUGAACUGGACUGUUUUCAAUGGGAUAUUGAUUUGUUGUG